CCGCGUUUCGGUUCUCAUGUGGUUCUUGUUUCAAAAGUUUCAAAAUGAAGUUUUCUAUCUUUGUCUUCAUUCCUCUUCGUCUCUUUGUCUUCCUCUUCGUUUCAACGAGUCACGAAGUUCUGCAAUAAAAGAUUGCUAUAUGAGAUGUGAAAUAGGUUUAUCCUAUUUAUAAGGUAACGAAAAAUCAAUCGCGCUUGGAGAUUAUCAUUGGCGUCAUCGUACAUCGAAAAAAUAUUUGUCGCAAUGCUUGUGAAGGGUUAAAAAAACUGGGAUUUUUUUGUAUAAUGCGCAAAACGAACUUCGUCCAAGAAUUUCUGUAUGUUUCUCUGAAAUGCUACAUUUCUGAGGUUCGCCAUUUUCAGUUUCAUCACGUUCAACAAAAUGAGUGAUGUUGUUUCGAAGCAAGAGUCAAGGUCGCAGGAUCGUCUAAAGGGAAAAUUGCGAAAACGUAAAAAUUCAAGUUCAUCGAGCGCAAGUGGCUCGGGAUUAUCGCAGAAGCGUCGUAACGCAUGUAGUAAGGAUAAACGAAAUAAAUCGAAACAGAGACGCGCCAGCUCUAGCGGGAGUUCCAGUUCAACGUCAACAGUAAGUCGUGGUGGUUCGCUUUCAAGGAAGCAAAUCAAGCCAAAAUCAUCGAACAGCAAUAAUAGUGCAAUGUCACAAAAAUACAAUCAAUCGUCGUCGCGCGAUCGUCGCAAUGGCGGCGUUCAACUUCAGGGCGGACGUGACAAUUAUGUACGCGAGCAACGCACCUAUAGUCAACGUGAGUCCAGGUACAAAAUGGAGAGAUUCGAUCGCACAUUUUCAAAUCGGAUGUACAACGACAAUAAUCAAGGUGGAAUGAGAGGCAUGAAUUACAGACAAAGGGGCAACAUGAAUCGAAAUUAUCGAAAUUUUGAUGAUCGUCGAAUGCGCGGUGGACGUGACAUGAAUAAUCGAAAUUACAAUAAUUUUAAUCGAUCGCAAGGAGGUAGAAUGAAUCAAUCGAUGAGUUACGAAUAUCGCCGACGUGGAAUGUAUCAACGUAAUAAUGAGACAUAUAUGAGAGAUCGUUACGCUCAACGUCAGAGAUUUUCCAAGGAUCGUCCUUCGCAGGAUUACAGUACAACAUCGUAUAAAUCGGCUGAGGAAUCACGACAAUAUGAGAGUCGCGACAGUGCACGUUCCGAUCAAUCAUCACAUCAAAUUGAUACUGCUCGCGAUAAACCAAAAUCAAUAACUGAGGAGGAAUCAUCGUCACGUCCAUCUGAGGAAAAUGUACAAUUGAAAAAACGUGCACGCUCAUCAUCAACAUCAUCGAGCUCGAGCAGUGAGAGCAGUAGCGAUACAGAUGAUUCAAGUUCAACUGAUUCAACUUCAAGUUCCGAGGACGAGAAGAAGCGUAAAAAGAGGAAAAAAAUGGCGAAAAAACUUAAGAAGGCGGAGAAAAAGCGUAAGAAGAAGAAGCUUAAGAAGAAAUUAAAGAAAAUGAAGACUCGCAAAGAUAAGCCAUUGAAGGAGAAGAAAAAGAAUCCAAAGGAGAAAACAACUGAAGAGGGGUCUGUAGAAGCUGUUGAUAAGUCCAAGGCAAUGGCACCAAUGACCAAAGAGCAAUGGGAAAAAAGACAGAAUGUCGUUCGUAAGGUUUACGAUAAGGAUUCUGGCAGACAUAGAUUAAUCAAAGGCGAUGGCGAAGUUCUUGAGGAAAUUGUGAGUCGAGAUCGUCACAAGGAGAUCAAUCGACAAGCAACAAGGGGUGAUGGUGAAUUUUUUCAAGCUCAACUAAGAGUUAAUCAGUGAUGUUUUUUAUUAAGAAAUACUAUUCUUACUCAAUUAUUAUUAUUAUAAUUUUUUUUUUACUUUAUAGAAUCGAAAAAAAAAUAUUGAACAUUAAUGAAAAUUUUUGUUUUUCUUAA